GAAGCAGGAUUCAAACUGAGACAGUCAUCCAGGCCCUUUUCAGGCUGCUGCCCUUCCCCAGAGCCAGGGCAGCCCCCACCUGCAGCCUCUAACAUUUGUCUCCCCCUACCCACCCCAGCUUCCCAGAGGUCACAUGUGCACCGACGUGGGCUCAUAGAACUGGCAGGGACUGUGCACUGUGCUGGCAUCCGCACCGCCAUGGCCUACAUGAACUACGGCUGCUAUUGUGGCCUGGGUGGCCAUGGCCAGCCCAGGGAUGCCAUUGACUGGUGCUGUCAUUCCCACGACUGCUGCUACAAACGUGCCGAGGUUGCUGGCUGCAGUCCCAAGAUGGAGCGCUAUUCCUGGCAGUGUGUCAAUCAGCACAUCCUGUGUGGACCAGUGGAGGACAAAUGCCAAGAACUCAUGUGCAAGUGUGACCGGGAGAUUGCUUACUGUUUAGCCAAAACUGAGUACAACUUAAAGUACCUCCUUUACCCCCGUUUCUUGUGUGGGAAGGAUUCGCCCAAGUGUGACUGACUAGCAUGACUUGAAAUGUCUUUUUUGCACAAGGAAAUAAAACUUCUUUCUGCGGAUCAACAGCCUUAUUCAGUUCUUUGCAGGAGGAAGCUGGGGCCAAUUGUUAAAGCUGAAACCCUUGUGUUUGCUUUCACUCCUGUCCCGAACUUGGGGCUGGAGCCAGUUUGGUUUCCAGCUUAAUGUCAAAAGUCCCACGCCUA